GUUUGUUUGCUUUAAUAGAAUAAUGCACCUCUUUGAUUCGUCGAAGAGGCAACCCGACGGAACGACGGAUUCGCGAGUGUAAUAUGAACCGCCAAUCCGAUGGUGGUGCCAAAGUGCUUGUGAACGCGUACGCCGGAAAUCAGAAGGCCGAAGCGGGACGUGUCAAAUUGAAGAAGUCAUCGGUGCAGUCCAAAAAUGUUCCCAACUCCCGCAGUUCUGCAACGGCGGGAAGUAACGGUGCCGGCAUCAGCAGUUCUGCCUCGACCACGUCGUCAUCCACGGGAGGCAGUGGUGGCGGUGGCUUUCAGUCAUUCUUCCGCUGGUUCCGACGAGAUGAGUCACGGGUGCUUGCACGCAGUGCCAGCGGUUCAGCCGUCACACCGGAACUGCACGACAGAAGUGCUCAACGACGCCAGCAACAGCAACAAACUUCCCAGUCUCAUCCCAUCGCUAGCGUAGGGCAAACCUCCUCCUUAAAGGAAGAAACUUCGACACCGGGCGGAAGUGGUACGAUCGCGAGUCGGCGCACGAUCGACAGUACCGGCAGCAAGAACUCAACCAACACGACCACCGGCGACAGUGUUAGUCAGUCGGCCAGCAAUGGUACGCACAGCUCCUCGCCGAGCCCUGGACCGGUGAUUGAUUGUAACAACCUUUCGAAGAGUUCGAGCUGUGACAGCAUACUCAGCACCGCCACCAACGGGUUCGCCUUUGUGCCACCGAACUGCUACGAAGCGGUGCUAGCUAAGGGUAACGCGGACAUUCGUCGCACGAUACAGCCGGGACCGUACACGGAUAGCUACAAGAGACGUUGUUCCGAGCGUGAUCGUGCACGGGAGCUUGAUCGUAAGUACGAGCUGACGUUGCGCAAGAAGUAUCGCUUGUUUGCUAGUCUUCGGGAGAGUCCGGCGAGGGAUCAGCGGGACGCAACACUCACGCGGGACAAUCAGCGAACGGUGUACACGGAUCUUAGUUUGCCGGUAGCGAGUGGUACUAAGACAGUUACAUCUAGUGCUGCAGCGAACGGUAGUGAUCGUCAGGAGUCUAGUGUAGGCGAUCCUGCCAAUCGACGACAUCGUCGAACGGUUAGCGAUAGCUCCAAGGAUCGUCGUGCCGGUGCGUACGUACACGUAAAAGGUAAAAGACGUGCACCACCCCCACCGCCCCUAUCCCUCGAUCGAUCCGAUACAGGAUCGUCAUCGACGAGCACACUUACACGCUCCUGUACACCCAACUAUCGAACGCUAUCUCCUGGAUCGACACUAUCGGCUCGCAAGAAACGUCCUGCACCGGCACCUCCCGUAUCUCCAACGACACCCACACUAAACGAAGCAUCCUCUAGUACGAGUCUUCUAGAGGACAGAGAGAUCAAAGCGAUCAUUGAAGGGCGACCAUUAUCACUGUUAACCAAAGAACAAGUAGUCGAACCAGAACCACCCCUCAUCAUGCCUUUACCGUUCAUCAGACCGCUCUCGCCACUACCCAACAUUGCGGAAGAACGUGCUCCGCCCGGUGGUUUGACGGAGGAGCAAAAACAACAGCUAAUCGAUAACAUCCGCAAGGUUCAGUCGCAAGUCGCUGCUGAGCUGAAAGCUCCAGACACACCACCAACACCUACGAAUGCGGAUGAUCCGUGCGAUGUGAUGAAGAUGGAGGAACAGUUCAACCGUGCGAACGGAACGCGUUCCCCAAUCCAUGACUAUCUAUACGCGGAAGCGAUUGCCAGUGCGAAAUCGAACAGUGGGCAGUCGCCGGUUCAACAGCAACUUCAACCACCAACAUCGCCCAUCUCACCGAGACCAUGGUACAAGCGACCAAUAUCCGGCAUCCGACAGCAGGAAAGUUCACUUCCGUUUAAGCGUGACAUAAUUUUGAAAACAAUCGACAAACGGAAAGCUGGCAAUGGGAAGCAUGGUAAAGAUAGUGCUGACGAUCUACCGGAGGUGGGAUACUGUAGAAACUCGAUGUUGCAUCAGGAUGGCGCAGGUACACACACCAACAGUACCGGUAGUAGUCCUGCGUCGUCGCUUUCUAGUGGCGUUGGAAAGUUUAAUCUAUUUGCCAAAAUUACGGAAAAGUCGGAUGAUACGAAGAGACGGGAGCGUGAUGCGGAGAAGCGACGAUCGGCGAUCGGAAUACCAAGCAUCAGUGAGCUUGAUCGUGAGGCGGCUGAAAUCGUUCACAAUGAGUACCGGUGCAAUGGAACGGAUAAAACACAGUCGCUAGAAGGACAACAGACGGGCGAUAAGCAGAAAUCCGCGAAGGAACUGAUAUCGAAGUUUGAGGCGACGAGUACUCCGGUGGCAGGAAAGGUAACUGUGAGUAGUUCAUUUGUUGCUAGAAGAGAUUACUUUGGGCUGGACACUACUCCUACCGUGGCUCCUCCUCCCGUGUCUUCCACAAGCUCAGCUUUGAAUCAAUCAGUUACAGUUGCUAAUUCUUCGACUAGUGACAAACCUGUCACAACGCAAACUACAACGAAUGGUCCCGAAAAUCAGGCACAAUCUUCAACCUCAAAUGGGCUAGCAAAGACAGGAAGCGACAAGAAUUUGCUUGGCUUAUGGACAUGUCCUUACUGUACGCUGGAAAAUCCUAACUGGCGCAUCAUUUGUGAAGCGUGCGAACGUAUUAAACCCUACGACAGUAAGCUGAGCAUUCUUGAGGAACCUCCACUAAGACCGAAUCACCCGUUGAAACGUCCAAUUCCGGAUUCUAAAAAGCUACAACCAGCCACAAAUCAAACGGCACCAUCCGGGGUUCAAAAUGGCGACGAUUUGGACAAAAAAACGGAGCGAGUGUUGAAGUACUUUAUGCCAAAGCCUUUAGCAGCACCAGCCACCAAUGGUACGCUGCUGGUAGGAGGGAAUGGUGACGAUCGGGCAUCACUGGUGCAGAGAAAACCGAGUUACGGACAGACGAAACCACUCGCUUCUCCUAAAAUGGGUGUAAAGAGUCUGAUGAAUCGUGCACCACACCAAGAUGGUCAAGGAUCGUUGUAUCGUAAUUUUAAUGCUAUUCCCGAGAGCUACCAUAGCGCUGGUGGCGGUGGUGGACGAUCAGACGAUCAGAAGUUAAACGAAAGUCACGGUUUCAGUAAAAGUACGAUGACUUCAGCUCCACUAGCUUCACCGGAACCUACAGCGGAAAAGGAAGACACAGUGUACGGCGUUUUGAAUAAGCCGUACUCUCCAAAAGAUCGUGUCAAUAUAGAAGAAAUACGUAACGCACGAAUAGCACGAUUUGGGGCAAUUGUUGAGCAGGAAGUGCCCGUACCAGUUCCCGUGGUAAAAGAAACCUUCAUUUCGACCAAAACCAAAGAACAGCACGACCAGGAAGCGCUCGAGAAGGAAAAGGAACGUCUGCGCGAAAUGAUCCGAGCGAUGAAUGCGAAAGCCCUAGCGGAGAAGUAUCCUGUGGUGCAAAAGCCACCUCCAAGCAAUAAUGGUAACAGUAGUUCGUUGAAGCGGGACUCUCCUUUAGUGCAGCGGAAAAAUGGACUUACAUCUGCGAUUCCCAUCAGCACCAAGAGUCUUAGUCCUGUUCCACCGAGGAAAAUGGGAAGUCCUUUACUUGCACGUAAGUCACCAGCACCAUUCAUACCUCCGGAGGAUAGUAUCAGAAAGGAGCCGACUCCAGUAGACAUAAGUCCUGUUUCUUCACCCAACACCGGAGCAAUUAGGAAGACAUCCUUCCCAAGACGAACGAGUGAUGUUGGUGAUGCGAAGCUGCCACCAUCUACUGAGAGUAAGAUCAUCAAUCAGGAUAGUCUGCGCGGAACGAUUCCGGAAACUGUACUGGAGAUUAAUCAUCAACCUCCCACCGGUUCCACGCUGGUACUCACGAACGACGUGCAGGGAAUCCAUUACGAACCGAUGGAUGAGCAACAAUUUGUUCGUGCUGCUGGAAAUGGACAGCGUCCUAGUCAAAUUAACGAGACGAGUUCAAUUCCUAGACCUUCCGGUGUUCCUCUUUCGCCCAGAUUGCAGGAUCGUCAUCGUAAGACGCUGAUGGAAAAACAACAGCAGCACGAUGAAAAAUUAAAGCAACUUUCCGUCCAGUUACGAUCACAGCAGGGUGUUGAUCGAUUCCGGAACACACUGCUAUACUCCCCGAAUAGCAUUAGCCGUACGGGUACGUUAGCGAUUAACAAGCUACUUCGCAAUCUAGAACAAGCGAUCGGUGAAGGUGCACACGAUCGGGCGGCAGAGUUGGCAAUGGAUUUAGCCAAGAUGAAGGUAUCCCUGUCGGUGACGAGGCAAAGCCCUACAAGACCCAGUUCUACCACAUCUGGAAGUUUGACCGACAUAAGUCUUAAUGUUUACAUCGAUGAUAAGGUGUCACACAAGGGACCAAUCCGUAUGACGCUUGCUGGAUUCGCGACACUUGCCCAGCUGAAGGCAAAGCUUUACAACGAGUACCAAAUUCCGGUGGCAGUACAACGCUGGCGUUGUGAGGAUCAACCACUUGAGGAUGACGCACGAACACUGUACGAUUACGGCAUACAGAGCAGUGAUCGUGCCCUGUUCGUGUUCAUAGUACAACCACCUGUGCCGGCCAGAGACCACAAGCCAUCACUGUUGAAGCAACAUAACUUUAGCAGUGCAGAGAUAAAGGUUUUGUCCGUAUCCUCUGAAUCGGAUGGUGAGCAUUCGGAUACACAGAACGAUGAUGCCGUUCUUGGAGCCAUAGCACUACCAACACCAUCACCAAGAGGAUCAAUUACUAAACCUAAAUUCGAACCUACUGUUAAGGAAAUGUCCUCCAACAAUGAGACUACUGGAUGGGCCUGCCCAGUCUGCACAUUAAUUAACCCACUCGAUCGGCCCGGAUGUGCCGCCUGUUCCGAAGCACGACCCGCACGUUACAAAUCUCCCUCGCCAGUCGAACAGCAGAUCACAGUCACUCCGGAAGAUUUGACACGCUACCUAGAUCAACAGGCACCGCUCGCACCGGGUCGUAAGUCGAAAGAACCGACGGUACACGUGCAGCUAAGAAACCCACCGCUAGAGACACGAAACGAUCUAAACCGGAUAUCGGAAUCCAAUCGGAAGUCUUCUGACAUAUUUAAUAUACUGCACGAGGAAAACAAAACGAUCGCACAAUCACCAGUUGCACCAGUUCCAAAGCCACGGACAAGUGAUCUGCUACGCCCGGAGCACAUCCAGGUACCGGAACAGAACCGUAUCGUGAUGACAGCGUUAGCAACACACCGGAGUCCCAACAUUACCCGCAGCCAGUACCGUGGGGUGGACAAUUUUAAUCCCAACUCGAGCGGUAUGGUUAAACCGGAACGGCCCAUCAUAACGACGGCGAGUCCGAUCGUACGAGCGGUACUGCUGAAAAGCUCCUCCGGCGAUAAAGCGCCAGCAGUUCGGUUCGGUCGUAAUGGGCUUGCAUUGCCGGAUGAUGGGACGGAAGUGACGCCCAACCACUAUACGGAACUGGUUAACCUCGAUAAUGCGGAUCUGAUUGCGAACAUUGAACCGUUCGAGUGUCCGAUCUGUUUCGGUGCGUUCCAACCGUACGAGGGCAUUGUGCUGCGCGAUUGUUUGCAUUCGUUCUGCAAACAGUGUCUGAUCAGCACGAUCCAGUACAGUGAGGACGCUGCAAUACGCUGCCCGUACAGUGACGCCGUGUACAGCUGUGAAAGUGUUAUACAGCAACGCGAAAUUAAAGCUCUUGUCAGCAAGGAACUGUACGAGGCACAUCUUGCGAAAUCGAUCCAACAGGCAGAGAGCACCAUCGACAACACGUUCCAUUGUCGGACACCGAACUGUCGCGGUUGGUGCAUCUACGAGGAUAAUGUGAACCAGUUCAAGUGUCCCGUCUGCCGGAUCGUUAACUGUCUUACGUGUCGGGUUAUACAUGAUGGACUCGACUGUAAACAGUACCAGGACCGCAUGAACAGUGACUGUGAUACUAACUUAGAAGCGCGACGCACCAAAGCAAUGCUGCAGGAGAUGAUCGAAAAGGGGGAAGCACUUAACUGCCCAACCUGUCAGGUGAUAGUUAUGAAGAAAUGGGGCUGCGAUUGGCUCAAGUGUUCCAUGUGCAAAACGGAAAUCUGCUGGGUAACGCGUGGCCAUCGCUGGGGACCGGCCGGUAAAGGUGAUACGACCGGGGGCUGUCGGUGCGGUAUAAACGGAAUCAAGUGCCAUCCAAAGUGCAACUACUGCCAUUGAUCAUGAGAGCUUACA